AUGUAUUCUUCACUUUUCGAAAAGGCAAAAAUUCAGUGUAUAAGGACCAAUUUUACUGUGAAUGUUUACGAGACAAAUGCACGGAUUGCACUGGAGCAGGGUGAUCGUGAAGAAUUCAAUCAGUGUCAGAGCCAGUUAAAAUUAUUAUAUAAAGAAUUACCUGAUUCGCCAAAUUGCCAUGAAUUUACUUCUUAUCGAUUACUUUAUUACAUAUCAGUUGCUAAUACUAUAGAUCAAACUACUCUACUCAGUGAAUUAGAUGAAAAGGCGCGAAAGGAUCCCUGUCUUAUGUUUUCAUUGAAAACCCGUGAAGCUUGGGCUCUUGGAAAUCAUGUGAAACUUUUUCGAUUAUAUCAGGAAGCCCCAAGGAUGGCAUCAUACGUAAUGGAUCUAUUUUUGGAGAGAGAACGGAAGGCUGCGUUAAAUGCUUGCUUAAAAUCAUUUCGUCCUACAAUAAGCGUAAAAUUAUUAGCAUCAAGGUUGGGUCUGGAAGAGUCGAAGUUAUGCGAAUGGUUGGCAACAUUUGGAAUAACAGCUGAUGAUGGUAAAAUUGAUUGUCGUACUCACAGCAACUUAGUACUAGUAUAG